GUUCAAGAAUUUGACGUGUCUCUAGUAAAUGAGAAUGGCAUUGAUCCAAAGGACUUAAUGGAGUAUUAUGCAAAAAAUAAUAAAUCAAUCAAGGGCUAUACCAAAGCCACCGAAAAAGAGGGCAGUUUGUUGGGUGAAAAAUGCGAUAUACUAAUGCCUUGCUCUACGCAAAAGGUUCUCACUGUCGAAAAUGCUAACAGUGUACAAGCCAAGAUGAUUUUAGAAGGCGCUAAUGGUCCUUCGACGCCAGCUGCCGAUGAAAUAUUACGUAAAAAGAAUGUACUCAUUAUACCGGAUUUGUUUUGCAAUGCUGGCGGUGUAACGGUAUCCUACUUUGAGUACUUA